AUGCGAUCGUAUAAUAAUAUAGGGGAAGUUUCGAGGGGAUGGAGUUUGGAAAGUGCGGAGAAUGAGAUUGGGAAAAGGAAUGGGUUUGUUGUGAAAGAAGAGAUGCAAGGCAAACCUGUGACAGAAGACAUGGAUGUCAUUGAGAACUUGGCAGCCAAUGGCUCCAAGAAAACGAGGGAGGAAGUGGAGGAAAAUAAGGAUGUAUUAAAGAAGCAGAAGUUGGAUAAAUAUAUGGAGGAAGAGCAAUUGGAGAGGUUUAAUGGAGAGGGAGAGAGGAAGGAACAGGAGGAGGAGGUUGGUCCAGUUAGUUUCCAGAAGGGUGUGGAUAAUAUUCUUCCCUCGUCAGAGGACAUGAAAAUAAUAUCUGAUGCCAGCAUAUAUUCAAGUGGGGGUGCACUAAUGCUUAUUUGUCACUGUCAUUCAGAUAUCAUGGAUCUUCAAUUGCCAAUGGAAAAGUUAUCUUUUGAUCUAAAUUCUACUGAAGAAAGUAACAAGAUAAAUGUAGUUCUUGUGGCAACUGGCAGUUUCAAUCCUCCAACUUUUAUGCACCUGCGAAUGUUUGAGCUGGCAAGAGAUGCAUUGCAGUCAGAGGGAUACCGUGUCAUUGCAGCCUACAUGUCCCCUGUGAGUGAUGCAUACAAGAAAGCAGGCCUUCUAUCUGGGGAACAUAGGUUACAGAUGUGUCGAUUGGCCUGUGAAACUUCCGAUUUCAUAAUGACUGAUCCAUGGGAAGCAAACCAAAGCACUUACCAACGUACUUUGACUGUUUUACAAAGAGUUGAGAGGUCAUUCGCUGAUGGUAUGAAGAGGUCCAGAAAAUCCCUGAAGGUCAUGCUUGUUUGUGGUUCUGAUUUACUCCAAUCCUUUAGUAUUCCUGGGUGUUGGAUUCGUGAGCAGGUGAGAACCAUAUGCAGUGAUUAUGGUGUGGUUUGCAUUCGUAGAGAGGGGCAAGAUGUUAAUAAGAUUAUAUCUGACGAUGAAAUUUUGAGUGAAAACAAGGGUAACAUCAGAGUUACAGAUGAUCUUGUACCAAACCAGAUCAGUUCAACGAGAGUGAGGGAAUGCAUUUCAAGAGGGUUGUCCAUAAAGUACUUAACUGCAGAUGGAGUGAUUGAUUUCAUUAGAGAAAAAGGUCUGUACCUGAACCAAGAUAAGAAAAAAGAUGGUUUCUAA